UUUGUGUCCUGUAGCAGCAAUGGCUGACCCGCCUUACUCGGAGACCGAGUCCAGCACCAACUCUUCUUCACCUUCUCCGUCUUCACCAUCCUCCUCUGGGUUGUCUCACUCCCAGUCUUUACCUCCGAACCUGCCAUCCAACCCUGACCCGAAACGGUCGAAGCGAGCCCGAGACUGCAGCAAGCACCCGGUUUACAGAGGGGUCAGAAUGCGGACCUGGGGCAAAUGGGUAUCCGAAAUCCGCGAGCCCCGGAAAAAGAACCGGAUCUGGCUCGGUACGUUCUCGACCCCUGAAAUGGCCGCCCGGGCCCACGACGUGGCCGCACUGAGUAUCAAAGGCAACUCGGCCAUUCUCAACUUCCCCGAACUCUCCGGGUUGCUUCCCCGUCCCGCUUCGAACUCCCCUCGGGACGUCCAAGCCGCUGCUACCAAAGCAGCUUCCAUGGAAUUUGAGGUUCCCAAAACGCCGACAUCGUCGUCGUCGUCGUGCGACGUGUCAACCCCAGAGGAACUGAGCGAGAUAGUGGAGCUGCCGAGUCUGGGGACGAGUUUCGAGUCGGACGAGUUGAGUAACGAUUUCGUAUUUGUAGACUCGGCGGAUGGGUGGCUCUAUCCUCCGCCGUGGUGUCACAGCGGCAUUGACAUGAUACAAAUGACAGAGGCAGAGGGUAUGAUUCCAAGUUGCUUCGAACCAUUAUUGUGGCAACCUUAUUAAAAUAUGAUCCAAACCCAUUUUUACAAAGUGUGUAUGUGUGCAUGAAUUCUUCUUACCUCUUUUUUAUUGAUUUAAUGCUUGUCUUUUCCUUUUC